GAGUAGAAAGUGAACACUGUAGUCUGAAUAGCGCGAGUGUAAGGUCAGCCAAAACAUUUUAAACUAUAAACCUCCCAAAGACCAGGUUUCAUGAUGCCGAAGAACAGCAAGGCUAAAGUUGUAUAAAAUAUACCAUAGCAUCAAAAAAUAUACAUAAUCUAGCUAAGACAUGAUAUAAAGUCUAAAGCCAACUUCUCCAAAUGGUCAUAAACAUAAAUCAGCGUACUUUAUAAAGCGGAUUAAAGUCCACUGGAGAAGUUUGGAAAAUUCAUCAAAGUGCUAUUCGUGAAUAUCAUGAGUUGUCAGCUUUUGCGAAAUUUUGGGAAGGCAGAUAAUCGAGUGUGAAAUAUAUGUUUGCGUCAGAAUAUUGAAGAUGAGAGACAAGGAGAUAAUAUACUGUAAUAUACUAUUCGUAGAGAAUUGGACUGAUUAAGUAGUUUUUUUUUAUUGCAUCAAAAAGGUGAAAAAGAAUAGAGAAGAAGGAAAUAUAUUGUAGGCUGGCAAUCGGGCUGAUAUACACUGUGUCAAAGAAACGGAGAUAGAAAUGUAGACCAAGAGAAAGAGAUGAAGAAUGAGUGAGAAAGACACAAACAAAACAAGAAGAAAAUAUAGAAAAACAGACAGCCAAACCCAGACGCAAACAUUUUUUUUCUGAAUCAAUAAAAAAGGAAAUAGCAGAGAAGAGUUAAUCAAGUAAUAAAAAGCUCCAGGAUAUGGAAGGAACAGUAAAACGUUUGUCAUUGAGACCCCGCACCGUGACUGUCGUGGUGCGAAAUCUCCCUCCAGCCACGACCUCGGACCAACUGCGUUCAAUCUGCCGCGACUUCGGCGAGGUCGUGGAGGUCGAGAUCCCGCAAAGAGCCGCGAAUUUUCAACGCUUCAUUUACGGGUUUGUCCGGUACAGCAGCCUAGAAGUAGCUCUGAACGCCGUGCUGAAACUGAACACACUAGUGGUUCAGGGGAGGCAGCUGAAUGCAGAGGUGGCGAGAAAACACUGGCGGAACACCAAUGAUAAAACAGUGCUUUACGACGCACCUGAGGAGGAUGGGCAGAAGGAAAUGGACGAAGAUGAACUGACAGAAGAGGAACUGAACACAAGAAUCCUGCAGUUGUGUCACCAGCAGUGGCAGCAACAUUGCAGGGAUAACAGAGAGAGAAGUCUCCCAAGUUUCCACAAGCUCAUGGACAUGCUAACCGAGACCUUCAGCCAAGACGACGAAGAGAGGGACACCGAACCGGAGUCAUAUUUUUAUAAACAAAAUGCUGACGAGGAGCGUUUGAUGUAUUGACGUCCUGCUCACUAUUAGUGUGGAAAUUAUUGACGUUAUGUUCAUAUUUACGGUUUUAUAUGUUUUGAACCGAAAUUUUGGAUUGAAUUAUAUAUAACACCUGGAUUGCCGAAUAGAGCAUACUAUAUUAUCAGGUUUAAACGUUUUUUUUUUCUUCCACCUCAUAGAGAAAUCGAUUUUCAAAGACCAAAAAAAAAAGAGUAUAGAGUCUUGAAUGUGAGAAACCUCGCUGGAAAUACUGAGCUUAAAAUUCCACUGCAGUACAAUUGUGUUAUAGGACGAAAAAAUUGUACAACAAAGAUCUGAUUAGACACGGAACUAUAAAGAACUUCGGUACGAUAUCUACCGAUUUACCAAAAUAGUCAUAACGCGUUGAAUAGUAAUGCAAUCUCUCACAAACUCGUCACGAAGUAACUAUGAUUAUCCAUAAUAACUUAAGGGGUCGCCACAACUCCUGUACACUGUAAACUACGCCGUUUCAUUAGUCACGUGUGCGCGCCCUUGGACACAGCUAUUAACAUGGGCUGUGACAUGGCUUUCUCUUAGCUUCCAACAUGUUCGAGCAACGUCCAAAUACUGCCGUCAGAAGGGUGAAAGGAUCUUGCUUGCUGCUGUGGCUGUAUUGAGAUGAAAUUUUCCCCUUGAGUUUGCCGCACUCCUGCCGUUUUGUCAUGGGGAACCGCAGCAUACCGUGUCCAUUUUUCACAACACUGCGGUAUUAGAAUGUUCACGCAAGUUCUAUGCUUGUGUAGACCUUUGUGUUCCCGUAUCAUAUUCACACACACACACACACACACACACACACACACACACACACACACACACACACACACACACACACACACACACACACACACACACACACACACACACACACACACGCACACACACA